CACGUACGUCGUUGGCACACGUGGGACGGUAGGGGUUCGAAAAUCCUACUCUCGCGAGUAGCAAUCACAUUCACAUCUCUCUCCCCGUUAGUUAGCCUGCGGCGUGGCGCAGGAACUAGGUCCGCCUCAAUCCCCUCCUCGACUGCGCCGGAAUCCAUCUUUCUCGCGUUUUCUUCUUCACACGGAAACGGUGUAUUUCGCUAACUUCCGCCGCUGAUUUCCGAUCAUCCAAAGUCGACUCCAUUGACCUUAACUUGCAACAUGGAAGAAGCUCGGGCAGAGGCGAAACUAGAACGGUUCCUACAGUGGUUGCAGGUGAAUGGAGUCGAAUUACGCAGUUGCGAAAUCAGAUACUGUGGUCCCACAAAAGGAUUCGGUAUAUUCUCUGCUGACGAUAGUGGGGAAGGUAUUCUUCUAGUUGUUCCUCUCGAUCUGGCUAUAACUCCGAUGAGAGUGUUGCAAGAUCCGACCUUAGGACCGAAAUGUAGAGCCAUGUUCGAAGAAGGUGAUGUUGAUGAUCGGUUUUUAAUGAUUCUGUUCCUGACAGUGGAGCAUGUUCGUAAGGACUCUUCUUGGAAGCCGUACCUCGAUAUGCUUCCAACCACCUUUGGAAAUCCACUUUGGUUCACCGAUGAUGAACUCUCAGAGCUGAAGGGGACGACAUUGCAUCGGGCAACUGAAUUGCAGAAGAAGAAUUUACGGGCUUUGUUUGACAACAAGGUGAAGCGACUUCUGGAGGAACUUCUACCUCUUGAUGGGGAAUCAAAAAGGGAGGCGAGUUUCGAAGACUUCCUCUGGGCAAAUUCCAUAUUUUGGACUCGCGCUUUGAACAUUCCUUUUCCACGUACUUAUGUAUUUCCUCAAGUACCAAGAGUGCAAGAAAAUGGUUCUUUCUCCCUUAAUAAAGAUUUUGGAGCCCCGUUGGCCCAAAUUUCUGGUGAAAUGUCAAGUCACGGAGAGGAUGAAAGAGGAAGCCAAUUUUGCGGAGGAGAACAAGAAGUCACUGAAAAUAAAUUGACUUCAACACAACCAGAGACUAUUUGGGUGGAGGGUCUUGUUCCUGGCAUUGAUUUCUGCAACCACGAUCUAAAGGCCGCAGCAACAUGGGAAGUUGAUGAAACUGGAUCAACCACUGGAGUUCCCUCUUCGAUGUACCUUCUAUCUGCUGACCAGAAUGCCUUACAAAUUGAGAAAGAGAUAUGCAUUAGUUAUGGGAAUAAAGGAAAUGAGGAGUUACUGUACCUGUACGGAUUUGUCAUCGACAAUAAUCCAGAUGACUAUCUCAUGGUUCAUUAUCCAAUGGAAGCCUUUCAGAGUGUUCCAUUAGCUGAUUCCAAAGUGCAGCUUCUAGAAAUACAGAAGGCUGAAAUGAGGUCUCUCUUACCAAGAAGUCUGCUGGAUCAUGGAUUUUUUUCUGGAUCCCCUCUGCAUGAAGAAGACAGGAAUAAGAACUCAAAUGGCCUAUUUUGCAAUUAUAGUUGGAGUGGUCAGCGCAAGGCUCCCUCUUAUUUGAAUAAGUUGGUUUUCCCUGAGGAUUUCUUAACAGCCUUGCGUACCAUAGCCAUGCAAGAGAGCGAGCUUCUUCAGGUUACAUCCCUACUGGAAGAGCUUGUCGGAUCUGGAGAGGAGAGACAACCAUCUGAUACAGAAGUACGUGCGGCAGUAUGGGAGGCCUGUGGGGAUUCUGGAGCUCUGCAAUUACUCGUUGAUCUCCUUUCUGUGAAGAUGAUGGAGCUUGAAGAGGGUUCUGGAACAGAUGCUUCAGACACUGAACUGCUUGAAAAGGCAUUCAUAUCAGAGAGAGCCGAGGACCUGAGCAAAAAUGUGGAUCAUCACACUCGUGAAAAGGAGCGAAUGAGCAGGAACAGGUGGUCUAGUAUAGUCUAUCGACGAGGACAAAAGCAACUUACUCGCAUGUUCUUAAAGGAAGCGGAGCACGCCUUGCAGCUCUGCUUAAGUGAGCAGCAGUGAAUCUGUGUUUCAAUGUAUCUUUUCAUGCAAGGAACGUCAGUAGUGAAUUUAGAGAUGGCAUAUCUUCUCAUCUCAUGCAAGUUCUAGAAUUAGUAGCUGGUAAUUAUCGAUUUUCUAGAAUUGUUAUAGCAGCUCUUCUUAUUUUUUCUUUUC